AUGGAAGAUGAAUAUACUCUUGCUCGUUCACCAUAUAUUGAUAAAACAAGAUGGAUUGAAAAACUUAAGUAUGAUGUACUUAGAUUUAGUUUAGAUUCAAUUGAUCUUAAUUUUAUUGAAGUUAGAAAUGCUGUUAAUGUUCAACACCUAUUUGUUUAUGUAUGUAAUAUGCAUACAUCAUUAUGUAAUGAAAGCUUAACUUUAAAAGUUGGUACAAUACAAAUUCGACAAUUACUACGUCUUUAUCCUGAUUCAUGGUUAGUAGCUGAUUCAAUAAGUGUUCCUGAAUUACGUAUUAAUGCAAAAUUGGAAUGUCAUUCACCAACACCUGCUACAUUAAUGAAUAAUUAG